AUUUAAUUACCUCAUCCCUUCAAUGGAUAAUUUGGACUGUCUGAGUGAUGUACAGGUAGCAGAGAAGAAGCUGUUUCUAGUUCAAGGAGAGAAACCUCAACUAAUUAAUUGGGAGAAAUAUGGUCUAAGGAUUGGAGUACAAGAAGAUACCUUAUCACCCACUGAUACAGUUGAGGUAGCAGUGGUCACUCUUGUAGGAGGAGAGUUUGUGUUUCCAAAGAAUACAGUACUAGUGAGUGCUGUUUAUGCUGUUUCAGUAUCCAAGCCUCUCCUCAAACCAUUGCGACUAGAAAUUGAGCACUGCAUUGAUCUGAGGGGACGACCAGGUCUUACACAAUUUUUGAAGUUUGCCAUAGCUCCCGUGAGCACACCCAGUCUUCCUUACCACUUUUUAUUAGUUGAGGGAGGAGAGUUUAAACCUGAUAGUUGGUAUGGAUCCAUUCAACGUAAAGAGUUCUGUUUGGUAGCUAUUGUUGGAGAGAAACGUCUACCCAAAUCAUCAACUAAUGGAGACGAGUCAGAGGAAGAGGAGGAGGAGCAAGAGGAACAAUCAGAAGAGGAAACUGAGGAGGAAGUGGAAGAUGGUAAUAGUGAUUCAUCCUGUGAUUCUGAUAAGACUAAAGAUCCACCAGGAGGUAGCAGUGGAGGACAAGGUGAGUAAUG